UUAGUGUUUCUUUGACCCCAUUUGCUCCUUCUGUGACUACUUAUGUAGAGGAAACUAUAUAACACAACAGAUAGAGAUUUAAUACAAUUCCGAACAAACAAAAAUUCAGGAGAUAUUUGCAUCUUGGCAUUUGAAUUCAGUUUGUGGUAAAUGAAGCUGGAGAAGGUACGUAGAUUGAAGGGGAGUCGUACCUCCGGUGGACUCAUUUGGUUUAGGUUACGGCCAAGCCCCCCAGACAUUUGCAAAGAAGCAUCCUCUGCCCAUAUAUAGAUUCAAGCACAAUUCCUCCAAGUCUUCUCUUUCUCCGAUCGCUUUUUCAUCCGCCGCACAUGACUCGUCGCGCCUCCGUCACCAUGGUGGAACUGGAGUCGCAGGACGCGGCGACGAUGGAGGUGGCCUCUGCGACGCACGUCACGGCCACCGUGGCGCUGCGUGUCGGGGCCGCCGUCGCGUCGCUGGCCGCCGCCGUCCUCGUCGUCACCAACCGGCAGGAGCGCUGGGGGGUCGAGGUCAACUUCACCAUGUUCGACGUCUGGGUGUACGUAUCUCUCGCCAUGCAGCUAGUGCAUGCCCCUUCCUUCGUUGAUUCGUUAAUUAGAUCGAUCGAUCUCGAUCUCCCGUCUGCUUCUGCAACCAGCGAAUCGAUGUCUGACCUGUUCUUGUUUCGUGGGUCUAGUAGACCAUACGUCCAUGCUCGUCCAUGCAUCUGUGUUCGUGCACACACAUUGAUCUCGACUGACGGACGGCAUCGUCGUUCUCUGCUUUGUUGUGUGCAGCUGGUGGUGAACCUACAGACGGCGGCAACAGCGGGCGCAGGGGCCAUCGGGUCGGUGGCCAUGUGGGGGAACAAGACCAGCGGGUGGUACGCGGUGUGCCGCCUCUACCGGAGGUAUUGCGACGUCGGCGCCGUCGCGCUCGCGCUCUCCUUUGCCGCCUUCCUCUCUCUCGGCAGUGCCUGCGCACUCUCCCGUUACCCCAGGACGCCGGCCAGACAUUGAUCAAUCAGUUCGGAGUAAGAGCAGCAC